UCUAAACAGGUGUACAACUGCCUGCCAAUGCAUACGUUGUUGGAGCAAACGUAUCGUUGUUAUUAUUAUAAAGUUCAGUUUACGAAAUAAUGUCGGAAAUAAUGUAACGUAAGUUGGGCGAAACAAGCUCUGCGGGGGACCGACAAACUGACGUUCACGUGAUACGGACACACAAAGACCUCCUGUUGUCUCAAAACAAAUACACAUUUGUUCUCAAUGCAAGAGAAUAAAAUGAAGCCGAAACGCAUCCCGAGACACGCAGGACCCAAAUGGCAAAGGAAAGGAGUCAGCACUGGUGACAAGGCGAUGCUGAGCCAAGCGAAGCCAACAUGCGGGUCCUCUUCUGCUCAAGCCAAACCUUUUGCUGGGAAAGUGUUUUACCUAGAUCUGCCAUCAAACCGGAUAGCAGAGAUGUUGGAGAAUGACAUCAAAGACUUGGGAGGGACUGUUGAAAAGUUCUUCAGUAAGGAAAUUAAAUAUCUGGUAUCCAACAAGAGGGAGGCUAGAUAUGUGCAAUGCAUUCGGCAGGACUCUGCUGUCCCCAACGCAGACUCGGGCCCAAGUUCAACUCACCCUCGAUCAAACCGGGACAAAAACAAAAGCACGUCUCUGGGCCAAACGGACACGUUUGUUCCAAGCAGAGGGAAGUCUUUGGUGGAGAAGGUGGUAAAAGAGCAGGAGGGGGUGAAAAUGAACAAGAUCCUGUCAAAUGCUCUGGAGUGGGGGGUGAAAAUCCUCUACAUAGAUGAUAUACUGGCAUACGUUAAGAAGAAAAAAAAGAUAGUCAGCAGCCAGUGUCCAGCUACCACUGCUGUCAAAACAAGUGUCAAAGCUGAGUCGGCAGCAAAGCAAGGCUUUAAAAAAUGCAAAGGUAAAGGCGGGCGAAUCGGCAAACCUUUUGUCAAGGUGGAGGAUUCUAGCAGACACUACCGACCGAUCUACCUCACGAUGCUGAACAUGCCCGAAUUCAACCUGAAGAGCGCUCCUCCCUGCAGCCCCUUCUGUGUGGAGGACAAGCUUCUUCCUGGAAACAAACAGCUGGGGCGCAGAGGUGCAAAAGCCUCCGCCAGUGAAGAACUUGCAAACGGCAGAAAGAAGAACAAGGACAAGAAACGAGGCGGCUACUGCGAAUGCUGUCUGAUCAAAUAUGAGAACGUCACGAUGCAUCUAAAGAGCGAACGCCACAAGGCUUUCUCCAAGAGUGACAAAUACUCGAUGGUCGACAAACUGGUGUCGACUCUGCACUACAACUUCCACACCAAGACGACAACUGAAAGACCAAAAUGCAGCGUUUCCUCCGUCCUGGUUGCUCCUGGACCAUGUGGGCAUGCGGUGCAAAGACUCGAUGAAAGGGAGAUUAGGAAAGAAGAAGAGCAGCAUCAGACUGUCGAUGGGCAUGAGGGAUCUGACUCAGCACACACUCUAACAAUCGGAUUAGUUCCUAGUUCCACUCCGCUGACUCCCAGGGAGAGGAAGAGCUACACUCACUCGGACAGAUCCAAGCACAAAUCUCUUGCACGUAAACGGCCCUGCAGACAGAAUUCGUUGACGUCUUGCUCUCAAAAAGCUGAGCAGGCUCAAAUUUCUGAGUCCAGGAUGGAAACGGCCCCCUCUAGAGGUGAAUGUUUUGCCUCCAUCCCCUCCAGAGUUCCUCAGGUCAACGAGGUGGACCGAACAGCAACUCAAGACGUGAAGAACAGCUCAACCUCCCGCUUUCAUAAUGUGAAUAUUCAAAAGGAAGGUUCCUUAAGAUGCCUGAAUGUCAUAACAAAUCAACAAGAGGAUAAGAAACCGGAUUCCUCCGAGUGGGAAGUCGUUCAGGACGGAAACGCACCGGUGGACAAAAUGACUGUAAACAACCUCUCGGAAAGACGAGAAGAAAGUCUUUCUUCACACAGCUUCUCUCCGGUCCGUAAAAUACAGAGGAGGGUGAGAGUUUAUAAACGAAAGAGACGGAAAGCGGACACGUGCGUCAAAAGCGUAAAGUCGAGUGACAUUCCCGACAACUCCAUGAUCAAACUGGGAGCUUUUUCAGCCAACUGAUGACAUGGAUGUGGCUUUUCUGGGGUUUGAGGACUCGUGAGGGAGAAAUGAACUGGGGGACGCUUUCCUUUUACAAUAUACUUGAAACGUGCCAUGUACUCGGUGCCACGGACGAUACACGCCACGAGAUGUUGAUUUGACUAAACAGUCAGUUUGAAGGCAGCAGUGAUCUUUAUUUAGUUUCACCACAUGAAGGGUAGCUGUGGAUACGUGUGUGUGUGUGUGUGUAUUUAGCAUUGUUUAAGAUUUAAAACGUAAGAGGUAAACCAUCAUAAUUAUCUUUUUACAGUGGGGUUAAUGCUUGUGCAGCGAAAGUAUUUGAAACAAAAAUAUUCCCAUGAAUAAAAAUGUCUAAAAUAUACCAAAUGUAUUGAUAUUGAGUUAUAGCCUCUUUUAGAACAAUCCACAUCUUUAAUUUAUAUUGUCUAACUAAAUCUCCUUUGUCAUGAAUAUAAAGAGUACAAUAAAAACCUGAUGGAUUCGUUGAAUCCAGGUAAACUUGA